AUGAGAGAAAUUUCCUACGAUGAGCAGCUUGCAGAACUUGGCUAUGAAAAGUCAAAACAGAAUCCGUUCAAAGAAUUUCUUGGCGAAUUGAAAUCAGGGUGCUUCAACUCGAUCAAAUUAAAACAAACGGUUUUUGCUUACUGCCUCAGUUUUCAGGGAGUCACAGUGAAAGAUAUUUUGUCCGACCUAAUCGUUGGAAUCACUUAUGCGCUGAUUUCCUUUCCGACUGCCUUGUCUGUUUCAUUGAUUUCGGGGAGCAGUCCCUAUGCUGGAAUGAACACGGUGAUUUUUGCUCAGGCAAUUUAUACAAUUUUCGCGGCGAAUACAAAAGUCGCAUUUGUUUAUCCUUAUCAAGUUGGCGCGUCAAUUUCUGACUUCAAAUCGUCUUGGACCGACUACUUCACUCAAAAUUCAACCGAUCCAGAUUAUUUUACCUAUGAAGAAUUGAGCAGCAAAUAUCUCGUCACCCUCGUCGUUUUCACUGGAAUCUUUCAAAUCCUCUUCGCUCUCUUCCGCAUCGAUCAGCUGACUGUUUUCAUGCCGACUUCAGUCAUGUCAAGCUUCAUCUGCGGCUUGGCCGUUCAAGUCUUCAUCGGACAACUAAAGAAUAUUUUCGGCUAUUCAAAGGAUCUGAUGCCUUCUCUUUUCGAGCCCGCUGGAAGUGUCAAAAUCGUCAUCGCCAGUUUCCAGAACUUGCCGAUUUUGAAUGUUUCAUCCCUCACGAUUUCUGCGAUUGGUCUGAUUUUCAUCUCGUCAUUUUUGGAGAUCAAUAAAUCUUAUAAAAAAGCGCUGAGAAACUAUCAAAUUCCAUCCGAAUUUCUCAUCCUUAUCUUCUCCAUCAUCUUUGGCUACUUUUGGCAAUACAAGUCAACAUUGGACGUUGUCGGAGAAUUCAAAUCUGGCUUCGACCAACCAGAACCAGUAACUUUGAAAAUGAUAGAGCUAGUUCUUCUGGACUCUUUCGUCAUUGCGAUUACUGGAUACUUCACCACUCUUGCUGUUGAGCAAAGAGUUUCAGAAAGCUUGGAGCAGGAUCCUGUCAAUGUUGCGCUGAUAAGUGGCUUGGCCAAUUGCGUCAGUGGAGUUUUUCAUGGUUUACCGGCGAUGGGCUCUGUAUCGCUUUCUGCGUAUUUGGCUGGAAAUGAUGUUAGAACUAGAAUUGUUCCAACAACAAACAUUCUCGUCAUUCUUUUAUUUUACUACCUCCUCCCUGACGUCAUCAGAUGGCUUCCAAAAUCCGUCCUCGGAGUUAUCAUCAUCAUUCACGAGCUAAGAGCGCUCAAAAAUUUCAAAGUCUUCCUUGAAUCCUGGAAUUUCAGAAAAAUUGAUGGCGUUGUUUGGCUUCUCUCAUUUGUGCUCACAGUUCUUUUUGGACCAAAAUGGGGGCUGUUCAGUUCAGUGGUUCUCCAGCUGGCAAAUUACUUGCUCACUUAUUAUGGAAAUAAAAUAGAAAUUCUUGGCCAGCUUGAUGAUGGAUCCUUCAGAGAUAGCAAAUUCUUUCCCGAAGCGAAACCGAUUCAAGAGGAUGGAAUCUUUUUGCUGAGAUUUCCAUCUGCUCUCAAUUAUGUUUCGACCUCUGGAAUAUUGAGCAGCAUUAUGUCGAUCUCUGGGCUGAACAAAUCAUCGAAUCUGAUUCUCGAUUUCUCGAAAUGCUCCUCUCUCGAUUUUUACUCCGCCGAAGCUCUUGGAAAAUUCAUCGUCUCUUUUGAAAACAUCUUGCUUACUAACAUCAGUACUCCUGUUUACGAAGCGCUGAAAAAAGAAAUUCAAGAUGAUCGAUUCCCAUUUUUGAUUGUUAGUACAAAUCUUGAGGCGAUCGAGAUUAUGAAGGAGAAAGAAGAGGAAGGAGAAAAGGCGGAUGGGAUGAAUGGAAGAGGAGGAAGAAGAGAAAGAAAAGAUUUUUGCAUCCGACAAGAGUACUUUAACAGAGAUCACAAAUACUCAAACUUCUACAUUUACUGA